UGCCUUCCACCCCCGCCCACCCCUCUGCUCUGACAACAUGCCAGUGUGGACGGGACGCUUGCGCCAGCGUGAAAGUGAGACCCCGGGAGGAAGCCGCAUCUGACCAGCCUGCCUCUGGACUGAAUCUGGCCCCGAAGAAGACGAGUACAGUCAUCAGCUGAACUUUUCUGGAGGGUGUUCCUAUUCCCUUAUAAGGCAAGGGAGCUCGGAAAUCAUUUGAAUUAGUCUGGAUUCUACUGGCAUGCCUGUCUGCUUUUAGUGCCGACUGACUUGCAUCUGGGACGCUUCAGCCACCGCUCUUUUCCGGGGUGUGUUUGUUUUGCUUUUGAUUGUGCUACUUUUCCUGUUGUUUGCAUGUUGGGUUUGUGUUCGUGUGCUGACAUUUGCCUCCAGGGUGGCUGCUAUUGCUCUUUUUUUCCCCCUCCCUUGCCCUGGAAUACACAAACACACACCUGGCAGCCAAGAACUGGAACAGGGUCGCUCUAUACAAGGAAGACUGGAGCUUUCAAACCUCACAUUUAGUUGGAUGGUUGUUUUUUUUCCUUUUCCGAGCAGCCAACGUCAGUGAGAGGGACUGUUAAAAUACGUCGCACUGCAUUCUUGCAGAGAUGAGCAUUAUGGGACACUCGAUGCCCCUGUGAUACCUUCUGAAUCCAAAACGCUCUCCUCAUGUGGACUACCUUAACCGGGCUGGCUCUCAACAUCGGUUGCCAUGGCGACGGCAGCAUGGUAUCACCGUGACAUCAGUCGAGUGCACGCCGAGGAUUUGCUGGCACGAGCCGGGAGGGAUGGAAGCUUCCUGGUGAGAGACAGCGAAUCUGUGCCAGGAGCCUAUGCUCUGUGCGUCCUAUUUCAACGCCAUGUUCACACAUAUCGCAUCCUUCCUGAUGGAGACGGCCUCCUUGCGGUGCAGCAGACCACACAAGGAGUGCAGGUCAACUGUUUCCGGACACUGGAAGACCUCGUUUUGGGAUACCAGCACCCUCACAAAGGCUUGGUCACCCCUUUGCUGUAUCCCGUGCCCCGUGACGCCGACACAGGGGACGAAAGCUCAGACGAUGAGAAGACGCCACAGAGUUUAGUCCCUGUCAACACGGUGACCUUCACCACACCACCGGCAAAACCGCACCCCCAUGCUUUGUUCUUGGAUAAGUUGCAGGAGCUGAACACGUCAAGUACUGCCAGUGAUGUCAUCGCGCUGCUCAACGACUAUUUCUUUAGCCAGCUUCCCCUGGACAUUGAGAGCGUGCGCAAAGGGGCCACCACCCUGUGUCACCUCAAACGGACGCUGGGGGCUGCCUGCCAGGGCCUGAACAGUGAGAUUGACCUGACACUCUCAAGUCUGGAGACCCUGGCCAACGUCUUUGACCAUCCCAGCUGCUCUUUGCCAAACACACACUCUCAGAGUCCAGACAAGGAGGUCGACACCUUGUUGUGUAAGAUUUCAGCUUUGGUCAGCCUCCUUUCUUCGCUGGAAAAAAAGGUACUUAAGGCCCUGCAGGACGCAGUAACCAAUCACAAUCUGGCUGUGCAGCCCAGCCCACCUCCUCCGGAACCAACACCCACCAUUGCCACUUCUGCCCAGAGCCACGGGCAUCGGCAGCUGCCAGUCCACUCCUUCCAGGUAAAGAUGCUGCGUUACGGCAGGCAGACGGUGUCAGUGGAUGUGAGUGCAGGGGUGCUGCUCUUUGACAGGAAGUCCAGCCCAUUGGAUGUAGAGCAGGUCUCACAUGACAGAGUCCUUCAGGUUGUCAAGUACCAGAGUUGCCCUGCCAAGGUACGCGUGGUGAUUGACAGCCAUCGCAAUGCACCACGCGAGAUGAUAUUUGAGAGUACGCGGAAGGGCGACGCCUUCUGCCAACUCCUCCAGCUGAUGAAAACGAGGCAUUCAAAGCUCAGCCAACCCGACGUCAUCUCUGUUUUUGUUGGCACGUGGAAUAUGGGUGGCUCCCCUCCGCCUCGCAGCCUGCAGUCAUGGGUCACCUGCUGUGGUUUGGGACACACCCCUGACGAGUUUGUUGCCUCGCUGCCUCAUGACAUCUACGCCUUGGGCACGCAGGAGAACCCGCAGGGGGAGAGGGAGUGGGCGGAGCACAUUAGAGCCACCCUUCGCAGCCACACCCACAUCGACUUCAAACAAGUGGCAGUGCAGUCCCUGUGGAACAUGCGUUUGGUUGUGUUUGUGAAGCCAGAACAUGAACACAGCAUCAGCCAAGUGAGCACAGCCAGUGUAAAAACGGGCCUGGCUAACACUCUGGGGAACAAGGGAGCAGUGGGUGUGUCGUUCCACUUUAAUGGAACAUCUUUUGGCUUUGUCAACUGCCACCUGACCUCUGGAAGUGAGAAAGCUCCAAGGAGGAACCAGAACUUUGUUGACAUCCUCAGACUGCUUUCAUUAGGCAACAAACACCUCGAUGCCUUCGACAUCAGCCUGCGCUUCACACACCUCUUCUGGUGCGGAGACCUCAACUACCGACUGGACCUGGACGUGCAGGAUAUUCUCAAGCAUGUAUCCAAAAGGGAGUUUGAGGAGCUCAUGUGUGCGGACCAGCUGACCCGAGAGAGGCACAAGCGGAAGGCCUUUUUGUAUUUCAAGGAAGAGAAGAUUGCAUUUCCACCAACCUAUCGGUAUGAAAGAGGCUCCAGGGACUGCUACCUGUGGCAAAAGUACAAAACUUCAGGGGUGCGAGUCAACGUUCCGUCAUGGUGUGACAGGAUUUUGUGGAAGUCGUACCCCAACACGCAUGUGGUCUGCACGGCAUACGGCUGCACGGACGACAUUUUCACCAGCGAUCACUCGCCUGUUUUUGCCACCUUCCACGUGGGCGUGACAUCACAGUCCGGCUCCAAAGCAGAGCCAUGCUCCGGCGUGGAGAGGGCCUGGAUUGAACUGGAAGGCAUCGAGGCCAUCGUGAAGACGGCGAGCAAAGAAAGGUUCUUCAUCGACUUUUCUUCCACUUGCCUUGAAGAGAUGCGUCGCUCAAGUGAGAAUGACUCGCAAAGCUGCGACGUUCCCGGCUUUGUCAAACUAGCCUGGUCCUUCCAGCAGCUGCCAAAGCUUCUCCCACUCAAGUCUGACAUGGACUACCUGCAGGAUCAGCACCUGCUGUUGUCCGUCAAGUCGUGUGACGGGUUUGAGUCGUACGGUGAAUGCUGCGUGGCUCUGCGCUCGCUGGUGGGGGCGUCUGAGCAGUUUGAGACCUUCCUGAGCCACCGAGGUGAAGAAAUCGGCUCCAUCAGAGGACGGGUACGGCUUCACGUACCCAAGGACAGACGAGGAAUCCGCGAGAAGACCUACGAAUGGUUCCGUUUUGAGAAAGACGAAAGAGGUUCCAGCGGGGGUCAUGUGGCCCCCACAUCCACACGAGUCCCAAUGAACAGGUCUUUGGCAGCUCAUCCCAAGCCGACGCCAAGCAGCUACACCAACCCAGCCUACUUCAUCUUCGAGGGCGUGUCGGUGGUCCGAGGAAUAGAGGAGGCGCUCCCUCUGCAGCGGAGGGAACCGCAGGUGAUCUGGGCCGGCAACGAGGCCUUGCAGCUCCCGAAAAUCUCAGGAAGACACGGUUUCAACGCCAGACCCUGUCGCCGAUCAGACUUCACAGAAAUUGAAAUUCCAGCCGUCCUCCCCCACUUCGCUCCGACCGCUCAGCUCCAGACACCUCAAGCCAACUCCUCCUAUGAGCUUUUCCCUGCCAAAAAACCCUCCCCCAUAUCUCCGCCCUCUAGUAAAAGCGUCCCGCCGUGCCAAGAGCAGAUGUCCCUUGCAAAAAAACUUCCCCGUGACUCCAUCCUGCCGGAGAACAACCUGAGGAACUUGUACAUGAACCAGUCGGCCAUCCUACGGCAAAAAGCCAAAAGGGAUCCUCCAGACAGGAAAACAAAAGCCCCACCGGUUUUCCCCUUCACCUCCACUCCUGUAGGACACUGUCAGGUGCCCGCCCUCUGGGGGGGCGACCAGCAGCAUCCCGGCGCUACUGGUGACAACUCCCUCACUGCUUUGCAAAUUGCCAAGUCGCUCAGCGAGGUGGACUUCUUCCCUGGACAACAUAGCGCUCCAUCCUUUCCCAACCAGAGGCCAGGCUACAGGAACGGGCCCGUCUUGCACACAGAGAGGGGCCACAGUUGGGAGAAGGAGGUUUCUGUCCUCCAAGGUGCUCCUGAGACGGUCUGUGAGCUGCUCAGCGCUUUGGGUCUGCAGAAAUACACUCUGGGUCUCAGCCUUAAUGGCUGGGAUGAUCUGGAUUACUUCAGUGGCAUCACCGAAGAGGAUCUGCGUGCCGCCGGAGUGACAAACUCCUCUCACCGACGCAGGAUCUUGGAGAACCUGCCCAGGAACUGGAAUUGACACGCAUGGACAGCAAGGGCAUCCAUCCAGAAGUUUUUUUUCGAGCGAUCGGCAACAUUUCAGGGAUUUAAUCUUGACUUUGCCAUUUUCACAUGAAUUUCUUGAGGUAAGCGCGUGUUCUAAGGCUGCUUUGCUACUCUUCCCCCUCAUGGUUCUACUUUUGUACGCCACCUGGCAGGAUGAAUAACUGUUGCCUUUUCUUGGCUGAAUCACAAGUGGAUCCAACUGUGGAUCACUUCAGUGGACUGAACCACCUUUCAUGUACAGUGGACCCUCAGAUGCUGAAGGGUUCAGCAGGCUUAUCAUUUGAAAUUUAACCUAAACUGUCAAGGAAAAUGGGCCAAGCAAGAGUGUCGCUGAUGAUAACCCGAACAAGAAGACUUGUAAUGAUGACAGAAACAGAAAGGAACUUAUUCGUUGUGGUACUCCCCAAAGGUAAGGCUCAUUGCACUUUUGGACGUCUUUCAUGACCCGUGAAGUGACUUGUGUAGCUUCUUUUUGCACUUAAAUGAUUAGUAACUAUGCUAAAAUGCAACCUAGAACACAACCUUUGGGCUGUCCACACGGAAACGUUUUCAUGUCAAAACGGCAAAGUAUUUUAUGGCUUCAGCUUUCCGCUCAACACCGAUAUGAUACCGAUAACCGAUACUUUUUAAAAAUGUAGAUGGAAGUGUAGUUUGUGCACACGUGGAGGUAAGAAGGACUGGAACUAAUUAGUACCUGUUGAUUAGUCCUAAUGAAAUAUGAUGACAUCACUACUACCACAUCACUACUAUCAGGAGAACCAGAGUAUAGAGGGGGAGGAGCCACCUGCUGUGGCCCAGCAAGGUGCACUGUAUUCGGGCACAAGCUCCGAACAGCCGGUGUGACACCACGGAGGUCUCUGGAAAACCUUUUGCACUUUUCACAACAAAGACUAACAGUGCAUUGCGCAAUCACGUGCAAGUAUCACAAAUUUUCGUCUUCUGGACAUUAUCAAAGAUCUGACAAGACAACCUGGACAGUAUUUCGGGACGUGAUCCAAGAUCUGAUGUUCACUGAAAAAUGUAUUAACUGGGGCGCACGUAACCAAGGUACCAAUGUAUCUACUCUCAUCCCGCGCAGUGUGGACACACUUUUCUGCCAAAAAAAACAAACUCCCAGGAAGGUUUCCGUGUGGAUGGGCCCUUAUAUAAUACUAAUUAGGACCUUGGACUGGCCUUAAAGGAAAAGUGCACUUUUUUGUAAUCCUUAUGUGAUACAUGAGCACACACGUCUUUCUCUUUUAUGUGUGUUGUAAAGAUAUAAAAACAGAUAAAAAAAGAGGCAGGUAAUGAGUGUACGUAAUGGGACACACCUAUUCCAUCUAUGAAAACACCUCCAAAAGCUCCAACAAGGUGUAGUGGUUUUCUAUCCGUGCUGUGAGCGUGUAGUAUCAGCUACAUUCAUCAUAACAUGGAAUACUUGUAGCAUUUUGGGAACGUCCUUCCUGGGUGCAUUGAUGUCACAUAGCAACAUAGAAAGGAACGCUACACCUAGCAUCAAAAACAACAACACAGCAGCAGUGGCGGUGAGGCUAGUCGCUAGCCGGCUAGUAGCUAGCCGCUGUGGUGUGGCGAGGUGUCACUACGCCAGUAACGGAGUUAAUAAUAAUAACAACAGUGUCGUUGUAGCUUAGUUAAUUAACACGUCACAUGGAAAUGGAGCGUUGUUGGCGCUUUUGUAGGUUUUAUAGGUGUCACAUUUAUACGUACAUUCUUAGCUGCCUUUUUUUAGCUGUUUUAAAAUCUUUAGAAUGCACAGAAAAGAGAGCGACAUGCGCGUUCAUAUCUCACACAAGGACAAAAGUGCAUUUUGUCCUUGAACGGUAUUUAUACAUUUGACAUGCAAACAAAUCAAAGGUUGAACUUGUUGGGCGUCCGAGGGUCCUCAGUAGUCAUUCAAUACAGGAACAAAACAAAUAAGAGCCAUUGGCUUUAAUGUUCAAAGGGUCAUUGAACACAUCAAACCUGACUGAAUAUUAUUUUAACGGUGAUAUGUUUGUGUAACUUGGGCUUGAAAUGUUACUGCCAUUGUGGGAAGGCAUUUUUUUCUAUUUGAUUUGUGUUUUGUUCCAAGUCCGUGCAGAAGAUGUGAAUGUUGCUGUGCAAUCGACAUUCAAUGUUCAUGCAGUGCGUCUCCAAGGACUUUUAAUGUCAUCUCUGAAGGUGGUUGUUUACUCUCCUACUGUGUACUUUCUGCUACGACUGAGCCCGGACCAGAGCUUGUAUUAAAUCCAUACUGUACACAUCAUGUGGGAACAUUGCUGGUGGUCUUCCUAUCAUGUCACUUAAUCAGCACUCAUGUCUUCUGUGCAUCCGUGUUGAACGGCAGGUGCGUCAGGCCACUCUCCACUGUCACUAAGGAAUCACAGCAGGUGUGGAAAAAAGCAACUAUAUUC